UCCUCCUCUUCCUCUUGGACGAGAGCCGUGCUAAGUUUCUCUCGCGAAUUCUUCAAUACAGAAAAACUCAGUUCGCUUUUAUUCGCCAAACUUCACCUUCUACACUACUUGCGAGUACCAAACUUCGCAUUACUUUUGUUAUUCACUGUUUUGCUUCGGCACCAGCAUCAAACUGACGACCCCAACUAAAAUGUAUACGAGGAGCAGGCAAACCAACCAGGGCUUCCCUAAUGCAGGCCAGCAGCAACGACAGCCCGGAACACCAAACAACCAAGGCAAUUUCCAAAACCAACAAGGCACUCCCAAUUCCUUCUCUCAGCAAGGCAAUUACCAAACAAGCCAAUCAACUCCGGCGAGUCAGCAAGGCAACUACAAACCUGGCAAUGUCCAGCAGUUUAAGGGCCAGCAGCAACAGCCGCAGACUCCGAAUCAACAGCAGGCGAGGAUGCAGAACCAGCAGCAGGGUAAACCGACAACUCAGCAGUUGCAGCAGCAGCAGCUGCAACAGCAGUUGAAGCAGCAGCAGCAGCAACAACAACAGCAGCAGCAGCAGCAACAGGCGGCAGUUGGAACUCCUCAGGCUCAACGCUUGAAGCCGAUUCUCAAGCAGUCACCCGCGACCCCAGCGCCAACACCAACGGCCUCGCCACAAUUGAAUCAGAAUCAAAAUCAGAUGAAUGCGGCUGUCCCAACACCUGUCGCGCCGGUCAUCAACAAUGCAGCAGUCGAAAACAAGGUUGAGGGUGAAAAUGUGGAGGGCAUGGAUGUCCAGGAUCAGCCAAGAUGGAGACGCAAGACUCCAGGAUUGAAGGUAAACCGCAAGCUCAAGAGAUUGCGCAUGAACCAGCGUUUGCGCAGAACUCUUCAACCCAAGAACGCCAUUAUGGUCCUCAACGAAAUGAAAACUGGAGUGCAGUUUACCUUCCCAGAAACUCAGACGUCAAUGACCAACUCUCUCUUCCUUGUUCACGCUGAGAUCGACGGAAAGACGUAUGUCGGACAGGGUCUGUCAAAGCCGCUCGCGCGUCAAAACGCAGCUGAGAAUGCGCUCAAGUGUCUCCUGUUGGAGAAGAUGACGGCCGCUUCGCUGAAGGCGCGCAUUGACGCCGAGUCUGACGGUGCCCAGCCGGUGAAGAUUGAGAAUCAGGCCGACUCGUCGUCGGUGAAUGACGAGAACAAUAGCGAGGGCGGCGAGAAAAUGGAGACGAACUCGGAAGAGCCGGACGAGAUUCCAUGGAGUUCAUUGGCGAGCUUUGCCCUCUACAAACUGUUUCUCGAGUGGCAGAAUCAGGGAACUGUUGUUCCUGUCCCGCGACCGGGUGUCUCGCCCGGAAAAGUGAGCAAACGAGAGACGAAGCCAAUUGUGCAGAAGGAGUUGCCGGCCAAUGCAACAACUGUGCAUCCCGUGAUGCUGCUGAAUCAAAUGAGACCGGGUUUGGCCUAUACCGAAGUUGCCCGUGUGGGAAAUCCACCCAAUACUAUGUUCACACUUGGCGUUGAUAUUGAUGGAACAGAAUACACAGGAACAGCAAAAAAUAAGAAGGACGCUAAGAAGAUAACGGCAAAGGCUGCUUUGCAGGCACUCUUUGGCUUGACGUAUCCGGAAGAACCAAAGGUUGACCACGCGGAAGACAUUUCGAUGUCUUAAAUUUUCUUUUUUUUUUUUUUUUUUGAAAAAAAAAAUUGUACGAGUUUCGCGCUCGUAGACAGGCGCGAAUAUUUCACUAUACUUUGUGACAUGUAUUCGUCAAUGUAUUGAGUGUAUUACAAAGUAGCGGCAUUUAGUAUUAUAAUGUAAUGACGAUUGAAGGAUUUGCGAAAAAUGGCGCGAGGUAGAGAGAGAGAGAGGAAAGGAAAAGGAGUUUUAGUGACUUCGAUUUAAGUUCAUUUUAUACACGCGUCGCUCAUGCUAAUACCGCAUACAAACCUACAAUUGGUAAUUUAGUAAUUCUGAAAAUAGAUAGGGUCCUGCUUUUUAGGGGCGUAUUUAAUGAUUCUUCAAUGCAGCACUAAUUUUUAGUUGAAAAAAUGAUGACUAUAAUAAUAAUGAUAGUAAUAUAGUAAAUGUAAAAAUGAAUUAGUAGUUGGUCAGUUACUACUUUUGAUUCCACAUUUUGUCCUCACAAAUAUAUCAUGAAAGUCGGUGAAUUCUUCUCUUAAAUUUUUUUUUUAUUCGUUAUGAUAUGUUGUUGUGUUUUUCUUUUUUCCCCUUUUUUAGUUGACGAGUCGUCGUUUUAUUGAAGAAAACAUUAAUUAAUGAAUUGGUAAUGACGAUUUUGAAUGCAUGUGGGAGGUGGUCUAUUUACUUGGUAUAUAUGUAUUGGAUCAAGAAUGUAUUUGGAAUUUGUGGGAAAAACUUUAAUGUCAACAACAACAACAAAGAAAAAAAGCAAUUGAGUGAAUUCGUCGGUAUUUGUUUUAUUAUAAUGCCUGUAAGAUGCGAAACAAUGGUAUUGAGCGACAUAAGACUUGGAGAUGUACCUUAUUGAUAAGGUUUUAAAUUUGAGCGUGUGAGAUUGUAGAUUAUUAUAUUAUAGCGAAAGGCUGCACAAAAAAAUAUUCAUUUUUUAAAUGCAUUAUUCAAACUACGUAUUAUGUGAUUGUUUCUUUGAACCGGGCUAUGAAAUAAUUCAGGCACUUUGAUUAUAAACUUCACUGUUAUAUCGUAAUUUACUGUGAAAUAAAUUGAACAAAUAAGCCUUUA